AUGGCUGAAAACAGUUUGGAGACCAUCUCUCAAUACUUGAAAGAGUCCCUUAAUCCAAAUCAUGCCAAACAAGCCGAAUCGCAUUUGAGAUCAAUUGAAUCUCAACCUCACUUCGCCAUCAACUUGCUCCAUACGGUAGCUUCUACAAACUUGGAGCCUGCUGUGAGGCUUGCCGCUGCUCUUUUCUUGAAGAAUUUGGUGAAGAGAAAGUGGGUCAACGAAGAUGGCGAGUAUAUGUUGUUCAAUGACGAUGUUCAAUACUUAAAACUGGAGAUCUUGAAUGUCAUGAUCAAGCUUCCAAACAACUUACAGAUCCAGCUAGGUGAAACCAUAUCUAUUAUUGCUGAGCUGGACUUCCCACACAAUUGGUCGAAUCUUAUUGAUGAUCUCGUUGCUAAGUUGUCUCCCGAUGAUUUUGUUUUGAACAGAGGUAUCUUGCUUGUGGCACACUCCAUCUUCAAGAAAUGGAGACCAUUAUUCCGUUCAGAUGAGCUCUUCUUGGAAAUCAAGAUGGUUUUGGACAAGUUUGCACAACCGUUUAUGGCUCUCUUAUCAAAGACUGACGAACUUAUCACAGAGGCUGUGGCCCAGAACAAUUCCGCUUCCGUUACCAUCUACUUGGAAUGCUUGUUAUUGCUUGUUCAAAUUUACUAUGAUCUUAACUGUCAGGAUAUUCCUGAAUUUUUUGAAGAUAAUCUUAACACCGGUAUGGGUAUACUACACAAAUAUUUGGGCUUCCUGUCUAACCUCGUUGGCGACUCCAGUGACGAUGAGGAUGUCGAUGUCUUGAUUAAGGUCAAGACAGCUAUAAUCGAAUUGUUGUCUCUCCAUGUCACAAGAUACGCUGAAGAGUUCGACCCAUUGAUUCCAAAUUUUAUUACCUCCGUUUGGGAACUUAUCAACGUAUAUGUCACCCAGCAACCAAAAUUCGACCUUUUGGCUGUGAAUGCAUUGGCAUUCUUGACCUCCAUCACAAAGAUUGUGAAAUAUCAGACAUACUUCAACAACGAACAAGCGAUCAAUGAAAUCAUUGAAAAGAUUAUUCUCCCGAAUAUCGCAUUCAGAGAAGUUGACGAGGAGACCUUCGAGGAUGAGCCUAUCUCCUUUGUCAGAUCAGACUUGGAAGGAUCCGAUUUUGAUUCCAGAAGAAAGUCCUCCACCGAUUUCUUAAGAGAGUUGAAGGAUGUCAACACUGAGCUUUUGACCAGCACUGUCAUGUCAUAUGUCAACCGUUUCUUAUCACACGAUGACUGGAGAAACAGGGACAUUGCGAUCUACUUGUUCACUUCGUUAGCCGCUAAGGGCUCUGUUACUAAUAUUGGUGUUACAUCCACAAACAUGCUCGUGGAUGUGGUUAAGUUCUUCACCGAUAACAUUGCAUCAUACUUGACUGGCGAUGCUACUCCAAUCUUGAAAGUCGACGCCAUCAAAUAUAUCAUGACUUUCAGAAAUCAAUUGACAAAGGAUCAGCUCCUUACUACCUUACCGCUUUUGGUUGAUCAUUUGAAGCACUCCAAUGUGGUGGUUUACACAUAUGCUGCUAUCACUGUUGACAAAUUAUUGACGAUGACCAGCUUUUCCGAUUCCAAGCACACCCCUGUAUUUAACAAGCUGGAUAUCCAACCUUUCGUCAAUGAUUUGUUGAGCAACUUGUUCACCCUUAUUCUUUCCAACUCUGCCCCAGAGAAACUUUCAGAAAAUGAUUUCCUAGUCAGAGCUGUCAUGAAAGUUUUGAACACAGCCGAGGAUGUUGUGGAAGAGAGUUUUAAGUUGACCAUCAUUGAACAAUUGCUUAAGAUCUUAAGCAUCAUCGCAAAGAACCCCGCUAACCCCAGAUUCACCCACUAUAUUUUCGAAAGUUUGGGUCUCUUAAUCAAAUACGGCGGCGGUAAAGAUGAUACGAGAAUUAAAAAGUACACAUCCUUGAUUUUACCAGCUUUGUUAAAUAUACUUGGUGAAGACGUCCAAGAGUUUGUGCCAUAUACAUUCCAAAUCUUGGCUUACCUACUCGAAAACUUCCUGAAGGCUUCGCCUAUUCCCGAUGAGUACAAAACGCUUGUCAAACCACUCUUGUCACCUGCUGUUUGGGAAUUCCGUGGUAAUGUUCCUGGUAUUACUAGAUUGCUUGUUGCAAUUAUGGCUCACGACUCUACAGCAAUUGCAUCGAACUCUCAGGAGCUUGUCCCAUUACUCGGAGUAUUCCAAAAACUAGUUGCAUCGAGGGCCAACGAUACUUAUGGCUUUGACUUGUUACAAGGCAUCUUCUUAUAUUUCCCAAUGGAUUUGAUUUCAGUUCAUUUGAAUCAAGUCGCAGUUCUUCUAUUGACAAGAUUGAAGACUUCUAGAACAGAGAAAUAUAUCAAGCGUUUUGUCGUCUUCUUGAUGUCGCUAUGCUGCAUUCCAUUGAACGACACCCUCCAUGCCAAAACGCAAAGUCAAAUCAAUUCAGGAUUUGUCAUUAAUCUUAUAGAGUCAGUUCAGCAGGGAGUGUUCCAGCAAAUCACAACAAGUUUCAUCUUACCCACAACCGAAGAAUUUGCAAAUUUGCAAGACAAAAAGAUUGCCACAUUGGGCUUAUCACAGUUGAUUGUCUCCGAGCAAUUCACACAAGGACAAUUCAAAGGUUUACUUCAACCAACAGUGGAGCAACUUUGUAAGAACUUGACUCUCUUGUCAGGCAUUCUGAAGGGUACUAAUGUUGCGGAGAACACCAUCACUGGUGGACCCAACGCAGCUAGUGUCGCAAUUAAUGAAAUUGACCUUGAGAGUGCCGCUUAUGGUUCCAACUUCUCUAGAAUUGUCUCGAUUCUGUUGAAACCUUUCGAUCCUGUCCCUCACGUCCAGAAUGAAGAUUUUAAGCAAAUCAGGUUCCUUGCUGUUGCAAACAUUAAGCGAGUAGGAGAAAUUGGUGCUUUGAAUCAGUUAAGUGACUCGGCUCAAGCAGUUGUUGCUGAUGCCUCAUAG